GCUCUAGUAUCAAGUAUAACAAGCCAUUACUGCUAGCUGUAACUUUCUUGCUUUCUACCCGCGAAGUUUCCCGCACGCUCACCAGCACCCCCGCCCUGCCUGGCCGCCGUUUUGAAAGAGCUCAACAUUUUGGGGUGCGCUUUCCAGGGCUUGGCGCGGAACAUUUAAACUUCGCGAGGCGACCCACAAGCGUGCAGGCUUGCGCCUGCUUCAGGCAACGUAGAACUCGCGCAGCUUAGAUCAAAGCUUUAUUUUCCUGGCAUAAGCGGCUGUCCUCUCGGGCCGGAGGGUUUUGGGGAACGAAACGGUGCAGCCACUGUCGCAGCCAGCGUCCUGAGGCGGCACCCAGAUUCUGGCCUGGCCUUGUUCAAGACCGCAGACAGCCAAAGGCUACACGUUGGCGACAACCUCGAAGACAGUUUCUGCUGCGCCACCACAGCGUCACCUCGACACCAGACCAGCUACCAGGCGGGCCGCGCAGCGGCCGCGAGGCAGUCACCGCCAUGCGGCAAACACGGUCGAGCGCCGGCCGGCACCGGAAUGCUGGCGGCCGGGCGGCACAACAACAACAGCUACAACUACAACAGCAACAGCAACAACAGCAAAGAGAGCAGCAGCGACAACAUGAAGAACAGCUGGCGCUGGACAGCCCGCCGUGCAUGAAGCAACGCGGCAAGCCAGUCAUGUCAGCGGAGCGCUUCCUGCUCAUCGUCCGCCAGCUCCAAGCCAAGGCCAAUGAGCUAUGGGAGCACGAGCAGCAGGAGCUGCAGCGUGGCGCGGAGUUGAUGGUCAUCUCGUGUGCGCCGGCGAGCCCGCGCAGCCCGCCGCCGCAACCUUCAUUCACACCGAAGGUGGCCGGCUCGCCCACGUCGCCGACGACCUUUCACCACACCAACCCGCACGCCGCCUCCUUCGAGCACGCGGGCGGGCUGCUGCACGGCCCCAGCGGCCUGGCCAGCCCCUCGCUGCUGCCGCUGCCCCUCGGCAACCACUUCAGCAGCCCCACCUGGAGCACCGGCCUGGACUCACUCGCGCAACAGCUGGGCCUCUUGCCCUCCUCCACCGCCGUCGACCCGGCCGACGAGGCCGUCGCCGGCAUCAGCAGCCACGUGCACCACGGGCACCACAGCCAGGGCGCCCAGGCGCACCACGGGCACGGCCAGGGGCAGCUGGGCAACGCGCACGGGUCACAGGGCGGCGAGGUGGCGGGCGCGGGGAUGGGCGCGGCGGGCCUGGCGCACGGGCAACUGUUCACGUCGGGACUGGGGCUGUACGCGGACGCCGAGGCGCUGGUCACGUUGUACCCGCCGGCAGGCAGCGACCGGGCGGCGAAGGCACGCCUGCUUGAAAAGUUCGAGGCCAGCGGCACUGCCACCGCCCGCCAGGCAGCAGGGCACGACCCCUUUGCCAGCCUUCUCAGCGGCACGCCGCGGGCUGAGGACUUUCUGGGCUCGCCGUCGUGGACGCCGUCCGCAGCCUACUUGUAAUGACAAGGCGCAAUGCACCUGAGCCGUUGUGAGCUGUCCUGGGUGGCUUCACGCGCCGGCGCUGCGUCACAGCCGCCGAAAGCGGGCGCACCAAGGCAGCAGUUUUGGGUCAACGUUUUCAUCAUGCAUAUUGUUUGUCACAUAGGUGUGCUGUUAUUCCUCUUUCUUCUCGAGUACAUUAUUCCUCUCUUUUUCAUGUACCGUAUCCUAGUUAGUGAGCCAGAGACAGCCGUGCGAACUGCCUGCGCAGAGGACCGGGAUUCCGGACUGACUGUGUGGCGUGUUCUGCCACGGAAGUGAAAGCGCGUGCAGACUGCCUUCGUGCUGCUUCGGGAUUUCGGAAGGAGAGAGGACACAUGCAGCAAAUUGUAUCCGCUCUGCAUGGGCGGCCAAGCCUUUCGAGCGCUUGCCACUGACCAUACACGUGCUUGGUUGAUAUGGGUUCGGCUGAAAGAGACACUGCACCAGCAGGUGCGGUCAUAGGGUAAGCAGCCCUGGCAGGACUCCGGCGGCUGCGGCCGAGGUGUGCAUGCGGCUGUUGGCGGCCUGCGCGCUGGCAUUGAAUGUUGUUUCCAAGCCUCGGUUUACCCUGAUUGAGGGCGUGUGCGUGUCGAUGAAUCGCGUGUGCAUGGCAGGAGGUGUUGGUAUGUUCGGAGCGCGCGAGGCCACGGCGUAGGAGGGCAACACGCGCGUUUAUGACCUGACGUGAUGUGCAGCGGCGCGUGAGGAGGCGGGGCUUGGCCCCAGUUUGGGAUUCAGGGCAAAGACGCGACGGCGCCAUUGCGGUACGGAACGUAUGGCAAGCCCACGGCCCUGAGACAGUUUGUGCAGCAGGGAUGAAAGUUUGAGCGCAUGGUACUUUGGUGCUUAUCACAGGACACAGGUGCAUCUUGUGAUCUUGGCGGCAGCAGUGCACUUGGUGUAGGGAAUCUGUAUCUGUAUCUCUCAUCGGCAACAGACCGGUGCCGGUAGAACUACGCCUUCUGUCACAAAUCGCGUACAUUUUGUUGUCUCGUGUACCAGUGUUACACAUCCCCGGACC